AUGGAAGAAGCAAACCAGUCUGUGGUGUCUGAAUUUAUUUUUCGCGGACUUUGUAGUUCAAGAGAGCUCCAGGCCUUCCUUUUAUUGCUAUUUUCUGUACUGUAUUUGAUGACUGUUGUGGGAAAUCUCCUUGUUGUGCUCUUGAUCAUCACUGAUCUUCAUCUCCAUUCUCCAAUGUAUUUCCUCUUAGCUAAUCUCUCAUUUGUUGACUUCUGUCUUUCCUCAGUAACCACCCCUAAACUGACCACAGACCUACUAAAGGAUAAUAAGACCAUCUCUUUUGGGGGAUGUAUGACUCAGAUUCUUUGUGUGCACUUUUUUGGAGGGGGAGAGAUGGUAUUGCUUGUGACAAUGGCAUAUGACCGGUAUGUGGCCAUCUGCAAGCCACUCCAUUACUCUAGCAUCAUGGACAGACAAAGAUGCAUGUGGCUGGUUUUAAUAUCAUGGAUCAUUGGCUUUGUGCAUGCAAUGAGUCAGCUGGCUAUAAUUUUAGAUCUUCCCUUCUGUGGACCCAGAAUAGUGGACAGCUUUUUCUGUGAUAUCCCUUUGGUGAUCAAACUAGCUUGCAUGGACACUCAUACUGUGGGAAUGCUAGUCAACGCUGACAGUGGAUUCUUGGCAACAACUUGCUUUGUUCUUUUGCUCAUCUCCUAUACCUACAUCCUAGUAACUGUCCAUCUCCGUUCCAAGGGAGGGGCAUCAAAGGCACUCUCUACUUGUACUUCCCACAUCAUAGUGGUGGUGCUGUUCUUUGGACCCUGCAUCUUCAUCUACCUAUGGCCACUUAACAUCAAUUCGGUGGACAAGUUUCUUGCUGUCUUUUACACAGUAAUGACACCUCUCCUGAAUCCAGCCAUUUACACAUUAAGAAAUAAAGAGAUUAAGAAUGCCAUCAAGCGGCUGAUAAGUCAGUCUAUGAAAUCAAAGGAUAAUUUUUAG